UAUACAACCAAUGAAACCCCGAGCCCCUCUCACUCCAGUCCACACCGCCGCCGCCUCCGCGCUCGGCCGCUGCCGGCGACUCCGCGCCCCUGCUCGUCCCUACCGCCCUCCGCGCGCUCUGCCCCACUUCCAUCCCCGUGCUCGGCCACCGUCGGCGACGCCGCACCUGCGCUCGAUCGCUGCGGUGACUCCGCGCGGUGGUCCAGAUCCGGUUGGGAGAGAACGCGCCGCCGCCUCCUUUCUCAAGAACGGGGAAAACGCGCGUGAGCCCCAAAGGUUCCGCCCGAUGCAGGUUCGACUCGCUUCCCCAGGACCACUCAGCUUUCCGGUUUCCUUCUCCAUGAACCUCUCUCCCCCAAACCACGGCAGCUUCUGCAAGCCAAUCUGGCACCCUGCAGGCACCGGCUCGAGCUCCGCGGUGGCUCCGCGGGGCGACCGGCCGGAGCACUGCGUUGAAGAUACCCUAAUUUUCAUCACUCAUCAGUGGAGAUUGAACCUCUCUCAAAAGGGGGAAAACAGUGAACAGUGAACACUGAAGAAGAGGCGAGAAAGAGGCAAUCCGAAUUCUUCCUCUCCCCAACUUUUUCUGUCCUCGAUCCCUACCUCCACAAGCGCUGCGCUUGUCUCUUCGAGAGGGUAGCGGAGUUAGUGGAUCAGGAUUUGUUUGACGCGGGGGGAGUGCCUGAUUUGAUGGUUGGGCAAUGUUGGAAGAUCGUCGACAACUGCAGAUUGUAGGUAGUUGAUUUGUAGUUGGGAAGGAGGGCUGUUUUCUUAUAUCUUGAUCAUUUAGAGAUUUUCCUACCAUCCUAAUGGAGGCAAAGGAAGUGCAUGACCAAGAUGUGUUGGUUGACCUGGAGAAAGGCAAAUGCUUGCUAAGCAGAGAGGUCAGUAAUGGGACAGAGGUUAAUUCAAUAGCUGGACAUGCAAGGAUAAUGCUGGACGGCUCGUGGGAUGAUCUUGUCGCACUGAAGGAUGGUAGGAGUCACCACAUGUCUUGCUGCUCUUCUCACUCUCGAGAUUCCAGUUCUAUUGCUAAAAAUGGAGAGUCUAUGGCAUCUGAAGGGGAGAUGAAUGUUGGGCUUUCGAAUAACUCAGUUGGCGACAAGGAAAAGAAAAAAUGGUCCAAGAAGCCACCACGGCCUCCAAGACCAUCGACUACUUCACCUUUAGAUCCUGCUGAUCAGAAGCUCAUUAGUGAACUGUCUGAGCUCUCAAUGUUAAAGAGGGCUAGGAUUGAGCGUAUGAAGGCUUUAAAGAAGAUGAAGAACUCCAAACCAGCAUCUUCGAUUGGGAACCUGGUAGCUUUGAUUAUUACUGUUAUCUUCUGCUUCUUCAUACUUUGGCAAGGGGUUUUCUCAAGGCAUGGGGCGAGCUUAAGCUUUCAUGGACCAUCUAUAUCAUCACUCAGAACACAUGGUGGCCUUAUCUCCAUCCAGUUCUACAAGAAGAAUGUCGCGGCUAUGAGCACCCAAAGUUCCUCUGCAGCUCCAAAGUUAACGCUGGAUUGGCGACUAGGCUGGAGAUCCAUGGUGAAGCUAGGAGGGUUACAGGAUGAGUAUGUUGGCUGGGCAUAACUGUCACCAUGAUUGUCGCUACCGCUCUGCGCCCCCUUUGGUUUUGCAGAUGCUCCAACAGAUCACCUUUGCCCUUCAUCUUGCUCCCCUGGCCCUGUAAACUGUUGAAACUACCCUUUGCAAAGUCACCGUUGUUGUAUUUUAUCUUUUGAUACGACCGUAGGUUUAAAGCUUUAUUCUGAACGAUUGUUGACAAAGGGCGUGACUCAAGUGAUGGCAUUUUUAGGAAGAGAAAGAUGUUGAUUCAUUAGUAGACAUGGUGUACUUGGAUGAAUCUUUCGUAAAGCUACUUAUGCGUGCCCA